AUGGCGGUGGAGGACGGUGAGACGGUGAUGGGGGAGGGCCAGGAGGUGGACAGCGAGUCGGAGAGCGACAGCAGCGAGGAGCCCCAAAGCGGUACCCCCGCCGUGGAGGAAGAGGUGAGCACCUGGAUCCACUGGUUCUGCGGCCUGAAGGGCAACGAGUUCUUCUGUGAGGUGGAGGAGGACUACGUGCAGGACGACUUCAACCUGAGCGGGCUGGGGGGCAUGGUGCCCUACUACGACUACGCGCUGGACUUCAUCCUGGAGGCGGAGUCGGUGCACACCGAGAUCAUGACCGAGGCGCAGCAGGAGAUGGUGGAAGGCGCGGCGGAGACGCUGUACGGCCUCAUCCACGCUCGCUACGUCCUCACUGCGCGCGGCCUGGCCGCCAUGGCCGAGAAGUUCCGGGCGGGGGAGUUUGGCCGCUGCCCGCGCGUGCUUUGCCACGGCCAGCCCUGCCUGCCGGUGGGUGUGUCGGACCUGCCGCGCCAGGCCACGGUCAAGCUGUUUUGCCCGCGCUGCGAGGAGGCCUACUACCCCCGCUCCCGCCUGCACGGCAACCUGGACGGCGCCUACUUUGGCACCACCAUGGCCCACCUCCUCCUGCUCACCUACCCCGCACUGCGCCCCACCAAGUCCACCGAGGCCUUUGUCCCCCGCAUCUUCGGCUUCAAGAUCCACCCCAGCGCUCACAGGAUCGCGGCCGGGUCGGGCGCGGAGCGCAAGCUGCGGCGCCUCGAGGCACAGGACGUCGCCAUGGACUCGGCGCCCAGUGCCAACGCGGCGGCCUGA